AUGGAUGGACGUUCAGACUUGGAGGAUGAAGAGUUCCGCACCGCGCCUUCAACCCGAGAACACAGUUUGUCUAUCAAUCGCCCCCCGGCUAUUACUCAACUGUCUGGUGUCUUCGUUCCCUCGUGUAAUAAUGGCACUGUCAUCUACCCGACUACCACGCAGGCGAACCCUGAUCUACGCCGACGUCCGUCUAUCGUGCCCCCAGGUCCGCCCACUACCCUAGACUGCAGCCUACUCAGCAAUGGAGAUCUCGAGACUAUCACUUGGUCCCCUCAAGCCAGCUCUGUAUUCCGGCGGCCCUCGAGAUGCAUGAGUAUGGACCAGACUAGAGCGCAGGCCCAUAGCCACUGCCUACCCGCUGCCGAUUCAGGAGCUGCCACCAAAGGGAGUCUAUCAGGCAUUUUGGGUCAAGGCAAGCAUUCAUCAGACACUAUCUGCAAGCUUGUGCUUAUUCCGAUUAUCAUAGGAAACAAGUGUCUUGCCGGGAAGCCGCAGAACCCACCGCUACGGAGUGGGAACGACAGUCAUAAUCAAGCCGGGGCGGACGGUACUCGCCACCCCCACCACUCCAUCAAAACAACGCCGGUGCGUGGUCGAUGCGAUCUCUCGGGUAGCCACACCUCAUUUUGUGUUCGCCACAGCUGGCACUCAUCCCAAUCUGAGAAUCUCUCAGAAACACCGAAACGGUCUGGAUAUAGCUUAUGGGGAAAACCCAAUGUCUUGAUGCAAGCAAUCAUGGGAAAGGUCCGGAAUCGUCUUGCCGGUCACCGAAGAGUAGGGAGCAUCUCUCCAAACAGUCCUGGGGUACCAGAACUGUGCUCCCAAGGCUCAUGCCAAUACUUAAUCAACGAUGAUCAAGUCCAGGACGUUGUCGAGAUCGUCUUCCAAGAGAUGUGCAAGCAUAACACCGCCAUGGAUGCUUUCAAGACCACGAUACCUCAGCAAGCGGAUGAUAGCUCCAUGCAAACAAGGCUAAUCAGAAAGCCGAGCUGUCUGAAAACUGCUAUUGAGCUCCAACCUGCACGGGCAGCCGAUCCAGCGACUACAAUCAGCGAGCCCGAGACGUCAUUCUUUACCCGGAGCGCCACCGAUGGGCAAGUGCGAUCAAAAGGCAUAGCUCGGCCUGUACCUAUUACAACAAUCAUUUCCCGAGACAGCAUCACCGAUAUACGGUGGCUCUCUGAUAUCCAUGCAAGCCAGGUUGAUCAAGAGUCGAUUUCGGAUGCAUCCGAAGCACCUGCCUCUGCCGUAUCCCAGGGCAAUUCCUCCUCCAUGUUCAACGUUUCCAGCAUCAUUGAGGGAAUCGGUCGAACUGUUGCUUCCGAAGUUGCAUUAGAGCCACUUGACUUUCAGGGCUUCUGUCUCGGAUCUGAGUCCGUAAGCAAGGUUCAUCGUCGGAAGGAAAACGUCGAGGAAUCAAGCGUUGAUGGCGAUGAUGGAACUUCCUCAAUUACUUCUUUCCCUAGCCUUCCACAACGGCAUUGCACGAACGAAUGGCUGAGGAGCCCAGCUGAUCUUGCCGCUUCGGAAGACAAAGGCAAGAUCGAGAUGUAUCAUUUGGGAAUCGACGCGAGACUUGGCAGUAUCGCACCUGUCACCGAGCAGCUACCCCACAUGGAUUCUGAUAAUAGUCUAAUUCAUGGGAUUAUUUCGAGCUCACAUGAUUCUGCGAGCAAAAUCAAGCCAUCUCGUCGAGCCUCAGAAGCUCUCGCCGACUCGCGCGCUCGCGAAGAAAUCAUGAUACCUGGUGCACUGCCUGAGACUGUGAGGCGGCGCUCCGCCCAUUUCGCAGAUCCUCUAGUACAAGAGACUCACAAACGAGAGCCGGGGUUCAUGCCGCAGAUUACUCGAAAGAUCAGUUCUGCAUUUAAGAGCCCAGCGAGUAGUGGCCGUACAACUCGCGCGCCAGCGCCAUCCGAAGUUAACGAUGAGGUUAGUAGGAAAGCUGGUGGGGAACUUGGCGCGAGCCGGCCAGCUGCAGGAAAUGGUGAUCCCGCUGUGGGAUGCCUUUCUGAACCUGAGCCCAAUGCCGUCUACCAAGCCAUGGUAUUAUCGAAGCCUACAAAAGACAAAAAGAAACGCCGUAGUACCUGUUCUGAAGACUACGUUCCCCAUAUGUGUGAGGAUGACCUGAGCAUGUCAGGACUGCCCUCGCCCAAUGGUCAGUAA